AGAUCAGUUGCGCGGAAGAGGCUAACGCCCAGCUGCCCGGCAGAUCGCGGGUUCGUACAUUCGCGAUAACGUUCUCGACCGCCAACAGAUUCCUUGAUCUGAUUUCUAAUCGUCUCGAAGGAGAUAAGACCGAUCAGGAUGUCUCAGCAUUUUUGCAUCAUCUACAAAUUAUCUGCCAUCCUUCUCAUCCUUUACGAAUACGAACCUGUAUGAGUUGUUUCGCGUGGUGCGUCGUACGAUGACUUUAUGCCCUCUUAGAUUUAUGGGUGCUAAAGUGCAACGAUAGGUGUAUUGCUCAAGGAGGCAAGCGAGAGGAGAAAUUCUUUGUGUCCAUGAAAACAAAAUGUGGUUGUGUAAUGGUAUGGGACAAGGGUCGAAUGAAUUUUGAGUGUCAGUGAACUGAACUCUCUUAAGGUUUAGUGUAAAAGAACGCUUUUCGUUUGAAAGAGGUCAGUGAUGAUAUACAAUCCUCUUACUUUCAAUGCGUGCUCCUGUUGCAUGCAUUUAACGAGCAAUUAGUGAAUUUUGUGAUCUCUUGGAGUCAGGGUCUUGAUUUAAAAACAAUUAUAUCAUAAGAAGAGACGCAUUUUUCAGAAUGAAGUCAACAAUAGUCAGUCUCUUUUUGUUUCUAAUCGGAAGUGCAGCGACAACUGAGACGACAAUUUGCGGGGAACGCUUAACAGCAUCGAGAGGAGUGAUCCAAACCCCAAAUUUUCCUCGAGCUUUCCCCGUUCCCAUCAAAUGUCGUUGGGUGAUCGAUGUCUCCGAUAUCCCGGCGACGAACAGUUCCAUCGUGGUGUAUCUGACCCAGAUGUACGUGUUCAAAGGGCUAACAUUUACCGAAUACGCGUAUUAUGAGUCGGAGAGCAUGAAUUUUGGCGCGGCGUUGAUAGAAGAGAUCACCGAGGGCAAUGUGUUCGAAUACAAAUUGUUUCGAACGUUCAGGCCGUUCCUAGUGAUCGAGUUCGAGUUGGAUCGGCUCGAAGGCAAUCACGUACGCGUUUUGAACGAUCUGCUCGACGUGUACGGGUUCAAUGUCACGUAUCAGAUGACCGAAGACGUGCCCAAUUCGGAUUCUUGCUCCGUCCAACGUUGCUCAUACACUGGAAAUUGCCUCGUAUCUGCAGAUUACGCCAGAUUCUGGUGCGAUUGCUUCGAGGGUUUCAGCGGCAACGACUGCAACAUAGGCCCUCUCUGCUUCAACGAUAGGAAGGAUCCUGUUUGUCAGAACGGGGGUACUUGCAAGCAAAUUGGAGCGGAAGCGAUGGUCUGCGAAUGCGCCGAUGGCUACGUUGGUCGCAACUGCGAGAUCCGUCUUCUGGAAACUGUGGACGGUGAAUGCGGAUUCGAGAAUUGCAUAAGACAAUGCCCGUACGAGACCGAAGAGCAGCAUCCCUGCGCCUGCAGAAACGGCACGAAAAUUUACAACAAUCGAUCCAGGUACGAAUGCAGAAUCAAACUGUCGAACGUGACGUCUUUGAGGACCAGUCUGAUUGCGCAGCACGGCAGCCUCGAGUCUUACGUUGGCAAACAGCUUACAAAGUAUUUAAGGAAUUCGAAUAUUUCGUCCAUGGAGGAUUUACAAAUCCUGAGCGUGACGCCCACGUCGGAGAUUACGUUCCAUUUCUUCGGAAACUCGGAGGAUGGGGAUAAAAUUCGCGAAUCCCUCAACAGAUUGGUCCAACGUCGACGACUCAACGAGAUCUCCCUCGAAUCGACUCAUUUCACCUUUCAACAAAAGCCUGCCCUUAAAUUAAAGACUCUCAAAACGAAUUAUGGACACGAGCAUGAGAUCCAUUUGGGAGAUCAGUUCACUCUGUCUUGUGUAGCUCAGGGCAGUCAUGGCAUAAACUUUACUUGGUACAAAGACAAUAUGCCGGUGAACAUGAACAAAGCCGUCAGAGAAAUUUGGUACAAGCAACUUCCUACGGACGGUUCCGAUCUACAUACUUCAAUAUUAACUAUAGAAAGAGCAACUGCGCUCGACGCAGGUCAAUAUACUUGUCAAAUAGUAGACUGGGGUGCGCAACAAUGUAAAAGUAUUUACGUAGACGUGAGGGAUGAACCAAAUGUAAAAGUAAUGCCAAUGAGCGCUACUAUAGACAAGGGAACCAAUAUACAAUUAAUUUGCAUGACGCCAAACAUGCCUAACAUAGGAAUUGGUUUCGGCUGGACGAAGAACAGAGCCUUGUUAAAACUGGAACCCGGUAGCGAAGUCUGGGAAGAUCUGCAUCCAGCCGGGAGUAUAUUAAAAAUUACAGGCGCACAGAAAUCCGCGAUAUAUACUUGCAACGUCGCGGACAAGUCUAUGUCGGUUCGCGUGGAAGUCGUGAACAGGACUGUGAUACCGAUCUGCCUGAGGGACAAAUCAUGGGGUCUGCUUUGGCCAGACACUGCACCUGGGUCUGAAGCUUUGUUGGAAUGCCCGCUAUCUUUUACGGGCAAGAAGGUCUCCCGGCUGUGCUCGAUGAAAGACGCGACCACUCCUGAAUGGCAGACACCUGAUUUCUCUUCCUGCUUAUACGAAUUGCUGGUUCCAUGUUACAAUAGAUUUAAAAGCCUAACAUUGGGCUACCAGAACACGACUGGUUCCGAAACGAUUUGCACAUUUUGGGAAAUUCUACGGUCGCGUGCCCUGCCUCUUUAUCCCGGCGAAGGAGAUCGUAUCUUGAGUAUCUUGACAGAAAUAGAAAAUUAUCAGCAAGAUUUUAAUCAAUCCGACUUGCACGUCUCCACGGAACCACUGAUACGCAUAAUUAAUCGUAUACUAAACGACGAGAAUUCGAUUUUAAGUCAACAGAAAGUAUUGCUGCUAUUGCAAAUUAUUCGACGGAGUCUGAUACAAUGGUCCAGAUUGACCGAUCAUUCUUACAAACACUUAUCAUUUUCUUCGGUGGUGGUGGAUGUUCAGGAACUGCAUCAACACAACGGAGACAGUGUGACUCACUCCCUUCAAAUCCCCAUGGAUGAUUCUACAUAUCCAAAUUGGUACGAUGACAAAAUAGCAAUACGUUUGUGGAAGAAACGUCAACGCGGUUUAAAGAACAACAGCACUUUAACGGCAAUCGUUAUCGUUUAUAAAAACAUAUCUCAUUUUCUUCCAGCGACAUAUGUCAAAGAACUCAACGAUGGAACGGAUCUGGAAUUCCGCGUCAAUUCCCGGGUGAUCACGGUCGCAGUGCCUGCAUUCAGUAUGGAUAAACAUAAUAAGAUCUGGGUGGACCUGCAGCUGAAGCACGUGCAGAACCAGUCGAGCUCGUGGAAUGUCUCGUGCGGCCUUAUGGACGACACCGGCACCUGGGAUCUGAACAGCUGCGUGGCCAACACAUCGCCAGGUGACGCCGCAACCCAUUGUCAGUGUCCCACUACCGGCAGCUUCGCGGUGCUCCUAACGGCACGUGCCGUCAGAGUAGUUUUGGCAAAAAAAGAGCAGACCACGUUCAUCGUAGUAUUCGGUUGCGGCAGCUGUUUGGCGCAAUGCCUCCUCUCUUGUGUCAUUCUAGGAUCGUUCUGGUGGAAGAAUCGAAGCUGGCUAAAUUUUUUAAAGCUUCAAUGUUGCGGGGCUCUGGUCGGAGCGAUGACUGUUUUCAUUUACGCUGUGCAUAAUGAUUUACCAGAGAGUUCAUAUGCGAUCGUAGCAAUAACUUUGGAAGCAUUUCUUCUCAUCGGCAUGUCGGCGCCGAUAUCAGAAGCGCUGAUCAUUUAUGCCGGCCUGACUCAAGUGCGAUCCAGUCAACACUUCCAGCCUACUGUAAUCGCAGUCAUAACCGGUGUCCCUAUCUUAGCGGUGUUAAGUACCGAGCUCACACACAAGAGCACCGGUUGGAGACACGAAUCUUGGUGGUUGAUGUUUGGCAGCGGAGUUUAUACUAUAUUUGUCACUUGCGCAACAAUGAUGUUUCUCAUUUUUGUAUUGUUGUACUUGGGCAUCUUGCACAAGGCUCACGCUCUCGUAGAGGAGAACGUUAUGAAGAAAGAAGCGAUAGAAGCCAGAUUGCGAAUGCUUCAUCGAGCUGUCAUAGUUAUCUGUGGCGUCAUCGCAAUGGAAGCUUCGUCGAUCUUCUACAUAAAUUCUACUUCAAUCAUCUUCCAUUACAUAUUUGCUUCGCUUUCUUCCGCUUUGGGCUUCGUUAUAAUAAUGGUCUACAUCGUGAAUGGUGAUCUGGCAGUCGUCGAAUUGAUGUUACGCAAAUUGAAAUGGAAGCAGGACACAGAGGAAGAAAUAUCAUCCGAGCCAAUUAAAGUGUGUUCAAAGAGUAGCGCCGAGAUAGAGAACGACACAGCUCCUCCACCAUCGUCCUUAGGUAUCGGUGGUGAUCCGUACCUAGGUGCUCGAGGCAUCGCAGCCGGUAUAGACAUGCGCGAAUUCGUGAACGAGUCCUCAUCCGCGUAUUCGAAGCCUUCCGUCCCCGUCGCCAGCCGAUUCCUGCCAGAGAUCCGCGUUGACCACACGGACGACAUAAAUCUGGAGAACUACAAUACUAGCCCGCGAAAGUAUCAAGAGGCACUGGCGUUUGACAAUGUAUUUUCAAUCCGCGCGUCCAAUUCCUGCGGCCUGAACGAAUCGACGUACGGUGUCAGCGAUUGCUGCAGCUUUCGACAGUUCGGUAAAUACCGGGAAUCCCAGGGACAAAUAUUUCUAGCCCACAACCCGUCGCCGGAGAGUCCGGCGAAACUGUUGUGCAACGCCGACAUCGAACCGCGUUUGACCGGAAUGCCGGACGUGACAUUGGCCGUGAAAAAUGAAGAAUUACUGUCCCCCGAGCUUAGAUCACGGGAACACGUGAACGUUAUCCCGGAUAUUGCAAAUACAACAGAAAGAAAGCAGCCCGACGGCGAAGAGAAAGCACCUGAGAUCGUUAUUACCAAUUGCGAAGCAGCGACCAGCGGAAUGCUUGAUCGCAUUGCUCACGACCUUGAUUAUUUGCUGAAUCGCACUACGGAUGGAUCUUAAAGUGAGAUAUGGCAAUUUUACAAGGUUUAGGUUGUAAGGUACGAUUUUAUCAAACGAACGACUGUACUUUUUAAGAAAAAAUUUAUUAUCAUCAUCGUCAUCCAAAGUUUCGUUCUUUAUAUCACGUAACAAAGAUUUAGCGUUGUAAGAGUAUUACAUUACGCUUGCAGUGUGUUAAUAAACAGAUUGGAAAAUGUACACAAGUUCUCCCACUCUCUCAUACACACGUACGCACUUGUUUUCUUCAUUUCACAAGUAUUUACGUGCUCUCUCAUCUACCCCAUUAGAUUUAAGGACAGAACAUUGACCGUCAAGGAAGAAUCUGUAAAGACGUUUUGUCAUUACACUCCAUUCAUUAAAAUGUUUUACACCAUA